UUCAACUACAACUACAAUUGCAAUGGCUGCUGCUGCUCCAGUUAAAGCUACUCCAAGUGCACCACCAGCAGAUGACAACACCACUGGUGGGAAGUUACUUCCAGGUGAACAUACUCUUCCAGCUAGUUGGUGGACUUCAGAGAAGAUAUUCGAAUUAGAGAAAAGAGCUAUAUUCAAUAAAUCAUGGUUAUUUUGUACUCAUGCUUCACGUUUUACCAAAGCUGGGGAUUAUUAUGCUUUUAAUGUUGUUGGUAUACCAUUUUUCAUCAUCAAAUCCAAGGUUGAUGGAGAAUUAAAGGCAUUUCAUAAUGUUUGUCGUCACCGUGCUUACCCUGUUGUUAGAAAAGAAAAGGGAUCAUCGAUUGUUUUAGGAUGUAAAUACCAUGGAUGGUCUUAUAACAGUGAUGGUAAAUUAACAAAAGCUCCUCAUUUUGAUAACGUUGAAGGUUUCAAGAAGGAAGAAAAUUCAUUAUUCCCUAUUAAGACUCAUGUUACAUCUCAUGGAUUAGUCUUUGUUAAUUUUAAUAAUGAUACAUCAGAAAAGUUCAUCCCAUUUGAUAAAUGGUUUGAAGGAAUCACUCAAGAAUUUGACGAAUUUGAUUUUUCCGAUUAUGAAUAUCAUAUGUCUUAUGAGCUUGAUGGUCAAUUCAAUUGGAAAACCUUGAUGGAUGGUUAUCAAGAAUGCUAUCAUUGUCCAACUGCUCAUCCUGGAUUGAACUCUGCUUUCCGUAUGGAGACAUAUAAAGUUGCUGGUAAAACUAGAUAUUGUCGUCAUUAUGCUGAAAUCAUUAGAAAUGAGCCAGAAGCCGAGCAAGCAAAAGAACCAGAACAAGAUUCAUCUUCCUGGUUUGGUUUUGGCAAAAAACCAGUUAAACAAGAACAACCAAAGCAAAAGAAGAAAGAAAACGUCGGUGGUGAGUUUGAUGGAUUAUGGGUUUAUACCUGGCCAAGUAACGGAAUCAACUGUUACUCUCCCGCUUGGUACUCAAUUAGAGUAUUACCCAUUACUGCUACCCAUACCAUCUUACAAUACGAUAUCUAUACCAAAAAGGGCUUGGAUGAAAAUACAAAGAAAGAAUUUGUAGACUUUUUACAAAUGGUUGAAAUCGAAGAUUUCAACUUAUGCCAAUUAACUCAAAAAAAUUUGAAUCAAGGAGUAUAUACAUCUGGUUUUUUGCACCCAACAAAAGAAUCCGGUGUCUUAUACUACCAAGGCUUGGUUCGUGACAUGGUUAAGGAACAUUAUGCUUUGGAAACCGCCAAAGGUGGUCCAAUCAAUCCAGCUUUUGUAGGUAAAACUUCUUCCAAUAAAGAAGUUGAAGAAUUACAAGAAAUCUGCAACCAAUUGGAGUGUCAAGGCUCCAGCCCUGAAACUUUACUUGAUUGGUGAUUUUC